CCGCCGCCGCUGCCGCAAAGCGCGCCCGGCCGCCCAACGCGCCGAGCCCGCGCGACACCCCGGCGGGGCAGCGCCGGCGCGCUUUACGGCAGCGGCCGGCGGCGGGAGCACGUGGCGGCGCCAUGAAGCGGCCGAAGCUGAGGAAGGCGAGCAAGAGGCUGAGCUGCCACAAGCGCUACAAGAUCCAGAAGAAGAUCAGAGAACACCACCGAAAAGUCAGGAAGGAGGCCAAGAAACGUGGACACAGAAAGCCCAAGAAAGACCCCGGAAUUCCCGGUGCUGCGCCGUUUAAGGAACAGCUUUUGCGGGAAGCCGAGCAAAGAAAGCAGAGGCUUGAAGAACUGAAACAAAAGCAGAAGCUCAACAGGCAGAAAGAACAUGAAAAGAGGAGGAAGCUGGAAGCUAAAAAGGAUGCAGAUACAAUCAAGGAGAAAACAGAGGGAAAGGAAUCCUCUGGCAAAUCAAAAGGAAAUACUACAAAGCUGCUGAAUAAAAAUUCUAAGAAUUCAUUCUGCAGGGAGCUCAUGAAGGUGCUUGAGGCCUCAGAUGUGGUUCUGGAGGUUUUGGAUGCCAGAGAUCCGAUGGGCUGCCGGUGUCCUCAGCUGGAGCAAGCUGUCACUUGUUCUGGAGGAAACAAAAAGCUAUUGUUGGUUCUGAACAAAAUUGAUUUAGUGCCAAAGGACAACGUAGAGAAAUGGUUGAAUUAUUUGAAGAAGGAGUUUCCAACAGUUGCUUUUAAGUCAGCAACAAUGAUGAAGGACAAGACUAUGCAGGUACAGGUCACAAAAAGACAUGGACGUAUUGAUUUCUCAGAAUCCUCUCAGUAUUUUGGAAGCAAAUGCCUUUCAAAGCUUCUUCAAGAGUAUGGCAAGACCCAAGACAAAGCCAUUCAGGUUGGGGUAGUGGGUUUCCCUAACGUGGGAAAGAGCAGCAUAAUCAACAGUCUCAAGGGAAAACGUGCUUGCAAUGUUGGCCUGACAAGAGGUGUUACCAGGUCCAUUCAAGCUGUGCAUCUUGAUAAGCAGACAAAGAUGCUGGACAGUCCAAGUAUAAUUGCAGAUCCUUCCAACAAUGCCCUGGCUCUGGCCUUGAGAAGUAUCAUAGACCCCGAAGGACCAGUCCCAGCAGGUGUGCUUGAAGGAGUAAAUGCCAUCAUAAAUCACUGCAGUAAGCAGCAGGUAAUGAUGCACUAUAAUAUCCCAGAUUUCAGGGACCCUGAAGAGUUUUUAUCUUUACUGGCUCACAAGAGGGGCAUGCUGAAAAGGGGAGCUGUUCCUGACAUAGAAAAUGCGGCUAAAUUAGUGCUUUGUGACUGGACAGGAGCCAGAAUAAAGUACUAUUCACAACCUCCAGGAUUUCAGAAACUACCACCCUACCUUACAGAACAAAAAAUAGCUGAAAUGCAGGAAGGCUUUAAUUUAAAUAACCUAGAACGAGAAAACAGCAACACUGUUCAAGCUUUAAAGCACCCCAGUCCAGCAAGCAGCAUUGCUUUUCAGUCAGCUGGAAUGACAAAUGGGAUAAUAGAGGAAAAUAAAGUGAUAGAGGAAGAAUCAGAGUGGCAAGACAUGGAAACAAGCAAGGAGGAGGAAGAGGAGGAAGAGGAAUUCACAGAAAGUGAUGACGAUGAAGAUAACAUGGAAGAUGAUGGUGAUGAUGAUGUCAAAGAGGAAAGCCAAGUUGAGGUCACCAGAAAAGCAAAGCCUGGAAAACAGCAAACGAAUCCUACUGAUUCCAAAGAGCAGAGGGCAGAAAAUGAACGUUCCAGAUUACUGUCCUUCAGCGUAGAUAAACCAGUAGAUGAAGAUGAUGCCUAUGAUUUUAAUACAGACUAUGUGUAACGAAUCAGGCACUAUUUUGAGAGCUGCUACUGGCUUUCAGAAGAGUCAAGAAGACUGGGGUUUGGAGCAGAAGCUGGAGGAGUGCUGCAGAAUCAGAACUGCUGCAGAGACUCAAUUGUUGCUGUGUCAAAUAAUGUACAUAAUAGUGCAUCUCCCGUGAUAGUUCCAGAUUUUAUACAGGUCUAGGAAAACUGAUUGUUACUAAGCUUUGUCAUAAAGUUUAUUUCCUAUAUUAAAGCCUAUUAAAGAAAUUCCCAAUAGACUUGCUUAGUCUGUUCAUUUU